CCCAUGGCUGACACAGACUGGAGAAAUCAAACAGUCAUCACGGAAUUCACCCUCCUGGGAUUUGGGGAUCUCCCUGACCUGCACAUUCUUCUCUUCCUGCUCUUCCUAGUAAUCUACAUUGCGACCAUGGCUGGAAACAUCCUCAUUGUGGUGCUUGUUGUGGCUGAUCAGCACCUUCACAUCCCCAUGUACAUCUUCCUGGGGAGCUUCUCCUGCUUGGAGACCUGCUACACCUCCACCAUCCUGCCCAGGGUGCUAGCCAGUUUCCUGACUGGAGACAGAACCAUCUCAGUCAGUGGCUGCCUUACACAACUGUAUUUCUCUGGUUCUCUGGCAUGUAUGGAAUGUUAUCUCCUAGCGGCGAUGUCUUAUGAUCGGUAUUUAGCGAUAUGUAAACCCCUGCACUAUUCAGCUCUGAUGAAUACUAGGGUUUGCCUCCAAUUGGUUGCUGGUUCAUGGUUCAAUGGUUUUUUGGCUAUUACCAUCUUUGUCUUAUUUAUAUCACAGUUAAUAUUCUGUGGCCCAAAUAAAAUUGACCAUUUUUAUUGUGAAUCCACCCCAUUGAUAAAACUCUCCUGCGGGGACACAUACUUGAUCAUAUUGCUGGAUUUCAUACUAGCCUGUGUAUUCACCCUGCCUCCAUUCCUACUAACCCUGAUGUCCUACAUCUGCAUUAUCGCCACCAUCCUGAGAAUCCCUUCCACCACGGGGAGGCAGAAGGCCUUUUCCACCUGCUCCUCCCACCUCACUGUGGUGACCAUUUUCUAUGGAACCAUAAUCAUUGUGUACAUGCUACUGAAACACGAUACACUGAGAGACCUGAACAAAGUGUUCUCUCUUUGUUACACAGUCCUGACUCCCCUGGUAAAUCCCCUCAUCUACAGCCUGAGAAACAGAGAGGUCAAGGAAGCCUUGAGCAAAGCAGUCAGUAAAUAUGUUAUUUUCACAAAUAUAGGCAGAGACUCCUAG